GCGUAGUUAUUCUUAUUUUCUAAUGGCGUAGCGUGGUGUUUUUUUUAAUUUGCACGUUUUGUGGUUGACAAAACGGAUUGUUAGAUUAUUAUUUGCGUUCGCGUUGAUAUUUACGUUCGUUGGCAGUUUGCAAAUUAGUUACCUGUUUAUAUUCUUUAUCGUCGUUUUCCUUUCUCAGUAUGUCGAUGGAUAAAAGUGACCGACAGCAAAGAAGGGACCGCAAGCGUAAUCUAGAUUUUGCUAUGGCAUAUAUAAAUGCAGGUUAUGGAUUCAUAUUUAGUAGUAAAUUUCAUCGACGAGAACCUUAUAGAAGUGGUUCCGGCAAGUUGGAAUAAAAAAAACACUAAAGUGUGUUAUUUUCCAUCAAAGGGGAACCAUGUUACUCAAAACACUUUUUAAAAAAUGGUACAACAUUGUGAACCACCGAAUACAGAAUGGGAUUUAUUUGACAUCGACAUUUUGGGAUCUUAUGAUAACUUUGAAAAAGCAAACAAAAAAGCCACUAAAGCGCAACAUACCAAUAACUUAGCUUCGUCACAAAGUGAAAGUGAACAAAGCAAACGAAAGUCAAAAGCAAAUCCCAAAUAUGCAAAUGAGUACGCUUAUAACUCUUCGUCAGAUUCAAACAAUUUAGAUCGUGAAACAUCUCCAGACAGCGAUUCAUCACUGCACGUACCUCAGCUACAUACAGCUUCUCUUCCACCUAAAGUACAAAAAAAAGGAUUACAGUUUAGAGAAACUGCAACAUUGUCUCCGAUAUACACUCCACGCACCAUCUCGAAUGAAGGUAAAAGUUAUAAACCAAGUUGUGUAUCAUUACAAAAAUCAACAGAUUAUGAUGGAUGUGCUUUUGAUGUGAACCAGAAAAAAGGUCGCUCUGUGGUUGAUCUUUCUUGUACUUCACUUGACCGAAUGCAAGACAAAAUUUCACUAUCUCGUGACCGUGAAUCAUUGCAAGGAUCACCAAGUAGUGGAAGACGUGCCACAAAUAAAAAAAAAGAAGAUUCAUCUAUGGUAGAUAUUUCGCAUGAAGGUUUCACAGGAAGUGACAAACGUUUCCAGAAGUUGGUUAUCAAUGAAUUAUUUUCAAUCAAAAAUAUGUUGUCAUCAUUAACUGAAAAAGUUGAACAGCUAACAAUUGCAGGCGGCAACCAAACAAAAUCCGUGGAGGAAGUUGAUGCUUUGAGAAAUAUAAUGGGACUUAUUCCUAUUUCCUUUGACAAGGAUUUACAAACCAUCGAAAAGGCUUUAUCUUCGGAAGAAACUAUGCAGUUAUUUGCAACUGAAUUGAGCUUAAUAGGUGGUAACGAGGCCAAAACAAUGACAAAAAAAAUUAUGUAUCGGCUAUUUUCCAACGAAAUUGGCCAAAAUUUUAGUUUCGAAGGGGCUAAAGGAAAAGAAGUGUUCAAAAAUUUAUUCAUUUAUAAAGCAAUUGUUCGAGCUAUUCGUUUAAAUAAAAAAACAAGUAAUUCCACCGAAGCAGAAAUAAUUCCCAAAAUAAAAGACUGGUUGGCGAAGGCCAAAGAGAGACACACAAAUCAAAAAAGAAGAAUUCAAUCUAAAAAAUCGGGUCCUGAAAAUGAUGAAGUUUGAAACAACUGAUACAAUAAUGAAAAUAGUCAUAUUAUACAAUAGUUUAAGGCAUGUACAAUUUAAGUAAUGUGGUAAUAAAUUGCAUUUGCUGUA